AGUGUGAAGUCCUUAGGCCAUGUUUUACAUGCUUUUGUGAAUGGAGCUCUUGUGGGGUCUGCUCAUGGACAAUUUAGAAAUACAUCAUUUACACUAGAAAGCACGGUUGCUCUAAAUAAAGGGACAAACCAAAUCUCAUUACUGAGUGCAACGGUUGGCUUACCGGAUUCAGGAGCAUUUCUUGAGCGCAGGUCUCUCGGUGUACGUUCAGUGAUUAUUCAAAACAGCCGAGGGGUCAAAAAUUUCACUGUUUCCCCCUGGGGUUAUCAGGUUGGACUGUUAGGUGAAAAGUUACAAAUUUACACAUAUGAAGGAUCGAAGAAUGCUAAUUGGAGCAGCUUAGGCUCUUCUCAACAGCUCACAUGGUACAAGUCCACUUUCAGUGCACCCAAGGGGAAAGGUCCAAUUGCUCUAAAUCUUGGGUCCAUGGGGAAAGGUGAAGCUUGGGUUAAUGGCCAAAGUAUCGGCAGAUAUUGGGUCUCAUUUCACACAUCUGCAGGUCUUCCUUCACAAACUUGGUACAAUGUUCCAAGGUCAUUUCUCAAACCUAGAAAUAACCUAUUAGUUGUAUUUGAGGAAGAAAUGGGCAAUACUGUUAACAUCACUGUCGACGCAAUUUCAGUCACAAAGGUAUGCGCGCACGUCACGGAUUCGAAUCCACCACCAGUAAUUUCUUGGAGAAAGUCCGACAAACUUAGUGAAAGGCACCCUGGUAGAAGACCUAAAGUGUACCUUAAUUGUCCUCCGAGAAGCAAUAUUUCCAAAAUUUUGUUUGCAAGCUUUGGAAAUCCUUAUGGUAAUUGUGAAGAUUAUGCCGCCGGGUUAUGCCACUCCUCCAACUCUAAAGCCAUUGUCGAAAAGGCUUGUUUAGGGAAGACGAAAUGCACUAUUGCUCAGUCAUAUAAGAAAUUCGGCGGUGAUCCGUGUCCUGGAGUUCAUAAGUCUCUGCUGGUUGAUGUUCAGUGCGAAUGAACAUCAACCAGCAGAAUUAUAGGGAUGUAUAGGUGCAUUCAUUUAAUUAUAAAUGUACAUCCGUAUAACUAUAAGGUGAAUUUCUAUAGACGAAAGGUCACAAAUAUGUUAGAAAUUAGAAUAUAUCAGCUAAUCAAAUAGGCUUUUGGAAGAUCAAUUCCUCAACAACCAUAGAAAUUAAAUGCUAUGUAGUUCCAAGAUUAAUGUUGUUUUUAUCAUAUGAACUUUUGUUCA